AGACUCGAAUGUUUGGCCAAAUGGAUGAGAAGCAGGUUCAGUUGAUUAUUCAGGAAAAAAAUUUAGCGAUCGAGCAAUACAAUCGAAGUAAAUUAUUAAUCGAGAAACUUGAACAAGAAUUACAAACACUAAAGGACUUACAACCCACCAGCAGUAAAAAUAUCGUCAAUAUAGUUCAAAAAGAAUACACAGAAAUAAUCAACUCACUCCGCGACAAAUUAAAAUCAGUCCAAGAUAAAUAUAAAGAAGAAAUAUGCAUCAAUUCGAAAAAAGAUGGAGAGAUAGCCAUUUUAACCAAACGCACCGAUGAACUGAGCUCCAAACUGAAACAAAUCGAAACUGAAUUCUUCAACUGUAAUAAUCUAUUGAAACAAGAACGAGAGAAAUGUUUAACAUUGGAAAACGAUUUCAUCAAACUCCAAAACGAAUCGUUUUCGUUGGAGAAAAAAUACAGCUGUGUGAGAAUUCUCGAAAGUGAACGAGAUAAAGUAAUAAAUGAAAAUCAUAAGUUGUCGAACGACUGCAACGAGUUAGAAAUCGCGUUGGAAAUUUGUCACCAAAAAAUGCGUGGUUACGAUGAUGAGAUUAAUUUAUAUUGUAAAUGUUUGAAACAAAUGGAGCAAGAUAAGAAAGCUUGUGAAGAAAAUGAAAAAAUUGAAAAAGAUCUGAAUAACGAACUACAAAAAAGAGUCGAAUCAAUGAAUUCAACUUUGAAAAUACUUCAAAAAAAAUUAGACAGCAAAGAAGAAUUAAUUCGAAAAAAUGUGGAAAAUCUCAUCGGACAUUUGUCAAUACACGAUGAAUUCAAAGAAUCUCAUGACGAUUAUUUCAAUGAAAGUAAUAUCGAAGAUGAGAAUUAUUCAAAAGAAUUUUUGCAAUUGAGAGUUUUAUUAUCAAAUUUCAAAAAGGAACUCGAAGACUGCAUCGCUGAAAAAUAUCGUUUAGAAAUGAAAUUACAGACAACCGUAUCCAAUAUGGAAAAAUACAGGGAGUAUAUCAGAGAAGCGAAUAAUAUGAUCAAGUGCUUAGGUAAAAAACUCGACGAUCAAGAAGAAAUUAUCAAAAAAAUCAAUUCCAGGAAAGAUGUGGAAAAAUGUGUGCAGAAAAUUGGAAACACAAAUGCAGAAUUACAAAAGCAUAUUCAUUCUCAGGAAGAGCUGCAUAAAAAUAAUGUUGACGAGUACGGGUUUCGAAGACCGGAUGAUUUCGAUUACCAACAGUACGAGAAAUUCAUGUCCACGUAUUUCAUAAUUUUGACAAACAGAUCGAAGAAAUGGUACAGUUUAAUAAACGACGAAAAACGUUUGAAAAAAGGACCUCAGCUGAAACGCUACGUAAGGAAAGGGAUUCCAUCUACCUAUCGAUCUAAAGUUUGGGCUAAAAUCAGCGGAGUCGAAGAUGUGGAUGUAAAAAGUCGCAACGAAUUAUUCAACAAGAGCUUAAACACAAUUUUGGAUAGCGAAGUAGUCCAAGCUAUACGUCUCGAUCUUCCUAGAACCUUUCCCGACAAUAUUUAUUUUAUACCUUCGGAAGGAUUUCAAGAACAACUGUAUCGAAUCCUGUUCGCUUUUGCAGCCGAUAACAAGGAAGUUGGAUAUUGUCAAGGAUUAAAUUACGUCGCUGGGUUGCUCUUACUAAAUACCAAAGACGAAGAAGCAACUUUCUGGCUGUUGAAAGUUUUAGUCGAUAGAAUUCUACCAGGUUAUUAUACUCCUAAAAUGAAAGACUUGAUGAUCGAUAUAGAAGUCUUCGAUCGUAUUGUAAAAUCAAAAAUGCCAGAAUUAUAUAAACACAUCAAGUCCUUAAACAUUCCAUGGUCUUGCCUUAUUAUGAAAUGGUUCAUUUGCUUGUACGCUGAAGUUCUCCCUACGGAAACGGUGCUUAGAGUGUGGGAUUGCGUAUUUUACGAAGGCUGCAAAGUAUUAUUCAGAGUAGGAAUUACGUUGUUAAAUCAUAAUGAGAAAACCCUGUUAGAAUGUAGUAAUUUUACGUCGUUUACCGACUCCUUUAAGAAAAUGCAGUCCGAUAUUUUCGUUUUGGAUUGUCACACGUUCAUGAAGAAAGUCAACAGUGAAAAUAAAUUCAUCACGAAUAGAUUACUGCAGAAAUUACGUAAACAAGUAAAAAGUGAAAAGAAAUAACUCGAGUGAAACUAGUCCCUGUGUUUAAAAUAUACGGUGCCGUCGAAAAAAAAGCUACCUACGUUGCAUUUGAAAAUUCAAAACUUCGCGUAUUUUUAUGAAAAGGCUGCUAAUUUGGAAUUUUAAGUCUAUAAAAAAUGUAUCCUUUAUCCUCCGUCUAAAUGAGUGCUGUGAUAAAGAAAGAACGUUUAGAGUAUUUUUAGCGUAUGCAAGAUGACGAAGUGUUUUAAAUUUCGCGCUUAAAAAUAAUGAUAUUAUUAUUUAAAAACGUAUAUUGUUCUAGUGCCAUAGACAUUUUUAGUGAGUAAUCAUCAAUCAUCGCGAAUGAUUAUUGAUUGCAAAUUCCAGGUUUACCUAUUAAAUGUGUCAUUAUAGUUUGUUGCCAUUUUGCCUAUAAUGCAUUCCGAUGUUUGUGUUCAAGAAGUAUAUAAAUGAUAUUGUUUUGUUUAUAAAAACAGUAUUAUAAUUCGAUAGGUUCUACUAGCAAUACAAUAUUGUGAUUUAAUAUGUACCGCCUACAAAUAAUAAUUGUGAUUUGAUUUGUUUUAGUUUAAUUUAAUUUUUUAAAUUGCCUAGUUUUAUCGAUACCUAUUACCUACCUGUUUUUUAUUACCACCGAAUUAGAAAAUAAAAAAAUGGGAAAUUUUUAAAAAUUUUUUAUUGGUACAAAGAAAAUCAUAAUUCUUAAUAUACAACAAUAAAUAAUUUAAAUCUGUAGGUAGAAUUUUUUUUACACACAUAAUGACGUAGCUUUCUUCACAAUUUAUGAUAAAAAUAUGAUACAGAAUGCGAAAAUUUUCCAAUUUGAACGAUACCAUGUUUACAUAUUCACUCACUCUCUUCGUCGUUGUUGGUUUUGUUUCGCUAAACGAACUAACGGUGAAUUAGUCUAA